AUUAAUUCAUAUCUCCCCAGAGCUUAUACGUCGGAAACAGGUGUGCGAUAUCUGAUUCUGGAAAGAAGGCAGUGCUAGAGAGAGGUUGAGUAGAGAUGGAAGAUUCAGGAGCGAUUCUAUGUCAAAUCUCCGUUUACAAGGACAUGCUUGAUCAGGUCAAUUUGGAAAUCGAGGCGAACAUUCAAGUGACGCGAGAGAUCGAAUCGGAUAUCGUCAAGUGUUCUGAGAUUGAAUCGUCUCGCUCCGUCAAGGAAUCCGAUCUUACUAGAUCGUUCCUCGCUUCUCAGUACGAGCUCACCGGCUUGAUCUCCGUAACAGGCGAUUCAAGAAACUCUCUGAAGCUAUUGGAUGAGGAGAUUCGUCGCCUGAGGAACGAACACUCUGAGAUACUCAGAAGGAUAACCGAAAAGAGGGAAGGGUUUGUGAAGAUGUGCUUUGAGUUUCAGAGGGAGAUUUGUGCUGAUGAGGAUAGUGAAUUGAGGAAUUUGUUGUGUGAGAGGGAGUUUCUUGAAAAUGCAGUUCGAGUGUUAGAGGAGAAGAACUCAGAUGUGCAGAACUCGAUUUUGGCUUACAUGGAGGAUGAAAUGAUCAAUCUAUUGUCUGAUUAGUGACUUUGAUCUUUAACAAAGAAAAUAAAAAAGAAGAAGAGAAUCUUUUUUGAUGUUGGUUAUCGAUGGUUUGCUUAAUCAGAGAUGGGCUUACAACUUGUUCUUUGUAAGCCCCAGAGGAUUUUAUUAUACUAUCGAGUAGGCUUGAACGUUCCGUUCGAAAUGUUAAAUGUUUCUCUUCCACACAACUUUGCUGAUCUUUAAGAAUUUCUUGUUUUGUUGGUU